UGCUGAGCUUAUUCAGUUUUGUGUGAUCGCUGUGCUUUGAAAGUCGUGUUGAUUAACUAAGAAAUAAUGGUCUCGUCAGUCUCUGCCGAGGGCAACAACAAGUAUUGCUUUGCUAUAGAUCGCGGUGGAACCUUUACCGACGUGCUAUGCAUCUGUCCCGGCGGACGAGUGCGCACAAUGAAGCUGCUCUCUGAAGAUCCAGAGCGCUACAGUGACGCUCCCCGUGAGGGCAUACGUCGUAUACUUAAAGAAGAAACUGGUGCUGAUCUGACUGCGGCCGGCUUGGUGGACACCUCGAAAAUAGGAUGGGUGCGCAUGGGCACCACCGUCGCUACAAAUGCCCUGCUCGAACGGAAGGGCGAUCCUGUUGUGCUGGUGGUCAACAGUGGCUUUCGUGAUUUGCUAUACAUUGGCAACCAAGCGCGUCCCAAAAUAUUUGACCUCAACAUACGCAAGCCAGCGAAUCUCUACCAGACAGUCGUCGAGGUUGACUGCCGCAUCGUGCCAGAGCAGGCCGAUCGCUGCCAACUAAAUCACCAGUGGAAGGUGCUACAGGGCGUAACCGGAUGUAGGUAUCUGGAAGUGCAGCCAGUGGAUGAGCUAUCUGUGCGAGCCUCUUUAGCCGCUGCCCGCGAACAGGGUAUCAAUUCUGUGGCUGUGGUACUGGCCCACAGCUACGCCUGUCCGGAGCAUGAGUUGCGCAUCGGAGCCAUUGCAACGGAGCUUGGAUUCAGCCAUGUGACGCUCUCGCACAAGGCCAUGCCCAUGUGCCGGGUAGUGGCCCGCGGCUACACAGCUUGUGCCGAGGCCUACUUGACACCCCAUGUGGAUCGCUAUCUAGCCAGUUUUAAAUCGGGAUUCGAAAAUCAGUUAGCUGGCGUUGACGUGCUCUUUAUGCAAUCCGAUGGCGGCCUCACUAACAUGGAGAACUUCCGUGGAGCACGUGCUAUACUUUCGGGACCUGCAGGCGGCGUCGUAGGCUAUGCCCUGACGGGAUCGCGUGAAACUGAUCUGCCACUGAUUGGCUUUGACAUGGGCGGCACGUCUACAGAUGUGUCCCGAUAUGCUGGCACCUAUGAACACGUCAUUGAGAGCACCACGGCGGGCGUAACAAUACAGGCACCUCAGCUCGAUAUCAAUACUGUGGCAGCGGGCGGCGGUUCUCGACUCUUCUUUCGGUCAGGCAUAUUUGUGGUAGGGCCAGAAUCUGCGGGCUCCCAUCCAGGUCCUGCUUGUUACAAGAAGGGAGGACCACUGACCGUUACGGAUGCCAAUUUGAUACUGGGCAGGAUACUUCCUCAGUAUUUCCCAAAGAUCUUCGGGCCAAAUGAAAAUGAGCCCCUUGAUUAUGAGCUAACCAAGCGUAAGUUCGGCGAGCUACAGUCAGAUAUCAAUGAGCAUCUGAAGGCCAGUGGUGACUCCAGGGUACUGAGCAUAGAGGAAGUUGCUCUGGGCUUUAUUCGCGUUGCCAAUGAAACCAUGUGCCGCCCGAUACGCGCUCUUACACAAUCCCGAGGCUUAGACACUGCCAAUCAUGUGCUCUCCUGCUUUGGUGGCGCCGGCGGGCAACAUGCCUGCUCAAUAGCUCGCAACCUGGGUAUAGCAAAGGUGGUUAUACAUAAAUACGCUGGAGUACUCUCAGCCUACGGCAUGGCCCUCGCAGAUGUUGUCCAGGAGGUUCAGGAGCCCAGCGGAGCAGAAUUUAAUGAUGCAAAUGCUCAGUUGAUAAAGGAUCGAUUGGAUGCAUUAUCAGUCCAAUGUCGUGGCCAGCUGGCUGCUCAAGGUUUUAAGCAAAUUGAACUUCAGGCAUUCCUGCAUCUGCGCUACGAGGCCACGGAUGGCGCCUUGAUGUGUACGGCCGCACCUGUUGAACAUAGUCAGUUGUCGGACCAAACCACUUCUCCGUUACUAGCCGCAUACGGCGAUUUCCAUGCCACUUUCUUGGAACGCUAUCGCACAGAGUUUGGAUUUGUGCUACAAAACCGUCGCAUAAUCGUUGAUGACAUUCGCAUACGCGGCCUUGGAAAGAACGAAACGCCUCCAGAAUUGCAGGUGGAGCAAGCGCAAGAAGCGAGUCCCACAGCCGAGGGCUUGACAGAAGUUCACUUUGAUCAAGGGGCUUUCCAAACGCCCAUCUACUUAACCAAGCAUUUGCUAGCUGGUCACCAGAUUUCCGGACCAGCCGUACUUAUCGAUCAGCUGUCUACGAUCAUCGUGGAGCCCGAAUGCACUGUUCAAGUGACCGCCUAUGGUGACCUGAUUAUGGACGUGCAAACCAGUGGCAAGCAUGGCAUUAAUGCAGAACUGGAUCCAGUACACCUCAGCAUAUUCAGUCACCGAUUCAUGAGUAUUGCGGAGCAGAUGGGAAGAGUACUUCAGCGCACUUCCAUAUCGACUAACAUAAAGGAGCGUCUUGACUUUUCCUGUGCUCUCUUCGGCCCGGAUGGUGGCCUGGUGAGCAAUGCUCCACACAUUCCCGUACAUCUGGGUGCCAUGCAGGAGACGGUGCAGUACCAGCUACGCGUGCGGGGUGAUACCUUAAAAAAUGGAGAUGUUAUUUUGGCAAAUCAUCCACAAGCUGGAGGCUCGCACCUGCCAGAUCUUACCGUCAUCACGCCUGUUUUCUUUAAAUCGGAACCGCGUCCUGUUUUCUUUGUAGCUUCGCGCGGACAUCAUGCAGACAUUGGCGGAAUUACACCAGGUUCAAUGCCUCCACAUUCCACUUCGCUUGCUCAAGAAGGUGCGGCCUUCAAGUCGUUCCUUAUUGUUGAGAAUGGCGUAUUUCAAGAGGAGAAGAUUAUACAACGGCUGACCACACCAAGCGGCGCAAAGGGCGCUGUGGGCACGCGCAACCUCAGUGACAACCUGUCAGAUCUAAAGGCACAGAUUGCGGCCAACCACAAGGGCAUCCACCUGGUAUCGGAGCUCAUUAGCAGCUAUAGUCUUAAUGUCGUGCAAGCCUAUAUGCAUCACAUUCAAAAGAACGCAGAGCUGGCGGUUCGCGACAUGUUGCGUCAGAUUGGCCGUGAUACUUUGGAGCGCACAGGCUCCACGGUGCUAGUGGCCAAAGAAUUUAUGGAUGACGGCUCGCCCAUCUCGCUGCGCGUGACCAUUGAUCCAGAGAACGGUUCGGCUCUUUGUGAUUUCAGUGGCUCCGGUGAAGAAGUCUGGGGCAAUUGCAAUGCUCCACGUGCCAUAACGUUGUCAGCUCUCAUAUACUGUCUUCGUUGUAUGGUGGGACAUGAUGUACCGCUUAAUCAGGGAUGUUUGGCGCCAAUUCAAGUGGUCAUACCUAAAAACUCCAUUCUGGAUCCUUCCGAGGGCGCUGCUGUUGUUGGUGGAAACGUGCAAACCUCGCAGCGAAUUGUGGAUACCGUGCUAAAAGCUUUUCGUGUUUGUGCUGCUUCUCAGGGCUGCAUGAAUAACAUAACAAUUGGAGAUGACCAAUGGGGAUACUACGAAACUGUUGCUGGCGGCGCUGGCGCCGGCCCAGGCUGGCAUGGAGCUGGUGGAGUGCAUACGCAUAUGACUAAUACUCGCAUUACUGAUCCGGAAAUAUUGGAAUUACGCUAUCCCAUGAUACUGAAGCGCUUCUGUCUGCGCACCGACGGCUCGGGUGGGCGUGGAAAACAUGUUGGCGGCGAGGGAGUUGAACGUGAUUUACUCUUCCGUAAACCGGUUACAUUAUCCGUUCUGACUGAACGUCGCACGCUGCAGCCAUACGGCCUGGCUGGUGGUGGUCCGGGCAAAAGUGGACGUAACUUAAUCGUUAAACACGACGGACGCGUGAUCGCGCUCGCGGGUAAAACCUGCAUCGAUGUUGAGGCUGGGGAUACAUUUGCUAUGAAAACACCUGGUGGCGGUGGCUAUGGACUUGAAGAUGACUCCUCUACAGCUGACCAGCAAGGCAUUGAGAACAUACAGAGGUUCGUGGAACGGGGCACUGUGCACAAUUAUCGCCAAUCACAGGAAUCAGCUUAAAUGUGCAAUAAAUGAUUAUUACUUUA